UGAACAUAAGAAUCGAAUGUCACGAAUGCUUGAAGACAGAGAUUUAUUUGUAAUGCGACUCAAGGCUGCACGACAGUCUGUUUAUGAGGAAAAGCUUAAACAGUUUGAGGAGCGAUUAGCAGAAGAAAGGCAUAAUCGCUUGGAAGAACGUAAAAGGCAACGUAAAGAAGAACGCAGAAUAACCUACCAUAGAGAAAAAGAAGAGGAGGAACAGAGGAGGGCGGAAGAACAAAUGCUAAAAGAGCGUGAAGAGAGAGAGCGUGCCGAACGGGCCAAACGCGAGGAAGAGCUACGAGAGUAUCAGGAGAGGGUCAAGAAAUUAGAAGAAGUAGAAAGGAAAAAACGCCAAAGAGAGCUGGAAAUUGAAGAAAGGGAACGGCGCAGAGAGGAAGAGAGAAGGCUUGGUGAUGAUCCACUUUCUAGAAAGGUGAGUAUAGGAGUUACUCUGUUUUUAUGCGAUGUGUUUGUCACCCAGUUCUCUUGCAUGAUCCAUAUACCUCUGCACAUGUCAGUGUCUGGGCUUGGUGUUUUAAAUUGGUUGCAUUUAUCUCUCUUAAAGUCUUCCCAAAUAUAGGUUCCUAAGGGGGGAAAAUUAGACUUACCUUAGCAGAGCUGGGAUUUUAGGCUUCUUUUUAGAAAUCUUCUCUAUAAGAAUGAAGUCUCAGUCUUCUAAGACUUCAGUAUUUGACAAAAGAACAUUCUUUAGUAUAUGGAAGAAGGACUGUUCUAUUUUCCUUAAAGGGGGUUACUGUGAGUUCAGAGGAUGAUGUGAGUUGUCUAACUUCUUAGUACUCAAAGAUGGGUCUGGUGGACCAGCAAUGAAUAUUGACCAUCUCUUGGGAGCUUGCUAGAAAUGCUGAAUCUCAGGCCCAAUGUCAGACCUGAAUUAGAAUCUGCAUUUUAACA